AUGGUCUCAUUCCGCCAUGCACUUGCACUACUGCUAGGUUCACACACACACACAAAAAAAAAAAAACUGAGCGAGAUCAAGUUUGGCGAGGGUGAGAGCUUAGACUAUCAUGAUAACCUUGCCAAUGAUGCUUUGUGCGGCACUAUUAUUCUCUCUGGUGAUUGUUUGGUCUCCAGUAGAGACGUCGUCGACCACCGUGCUAGCAGCCUCCGGAAGCAUCAUGGCCGGAGGAAACAGGACGUCGUUGGACGGCUGCCCGACGAGCUGCGGCAAUCUGACCUUCGCCUACCCAUUCGGCGUCGGAGCGGAUUGCUCCCGGGGGCCCGAUUUCAGCUUGAUCUGCGACGACGACGCCAGUCGGUCCCGAAGCUCUUCUUGCGAGAUGGCAUCACUGAGGUGGUCGAGAGCAUCGAAGUUAACAUCGCCGGCUGGUAUCAGGACUUUGUCUUGGUCUCCAUCUGGCGUGCCAUCCCCAUGAACUCCGGUGUACGCGUUUACAACAUGUCCCUGGAAACCCCUGGGAGGUCCUUCUCAUUUGACACCUCUGCAACAUUCAGUGUGACAGGCUGCGACCUGGAUGUGUACUGGAUCGACCAGAUGACCAGCAGGCCUGUGUUUGGUUGCUCAACUUGGUGCCCCGGCAGCGAAGAAAUAAUCACGGAGGUGGCGGCUAGCUACAACUGCAGCGGCAUGGGAUGCUGCUCUGUUUUGGUGCAGCGGCAUGGGAUUCAGCUCAGUUUCGUCCACCGGAAAAGCAGCAGCAUCGGCGCCUCCAGAUCUUCUAACCGGACCUCUCUAUUGCGGGAUAGAAUCACCGUUGUUACCAGUAAUUCCACCCUGCUCUUUUGGAACAUCGUCGACCAACCCAACUGUGCUUCCGCCGAGAAGAACCGGACAGAGUAUGCUUGUAUAUCAGCAACCAGUCAUUGCAACGACGACGCAACAUUUGGCUACACCUGCGAAUGCGAACAAGGCUUCACAGGCAACGCCUACAUUAUUGACGGUUGCACCGACGAAAUUAUUGGGUAUAAUCCAAAAGGAAACAGAGCUAACUGUACCCGUCACUGUGGAAACAUGGAUGUUCCAUUCCCAUUUGGCUUAGAAGAUGGCUGCUUCGCUAGGAAAAUUUUUGGCCUCUUCUGCACAAAUGCGACAUCAUCAGCUGCUCUCCAGUUGGGACCUUCUGGGGAUGUGAUCAGUCUCCAAGUUAACGAAGGGAUACUUACCUACACUGAAGAAAUAAUGAAAUCGACCGGUUAUGGUUUGACAAGCAGCUCUAUGCAAUGGGUUGUUGCUAAUCUAAGCUGUGCUAAAGCUAAACAGAAUACAUCUGGGUAUGCUUGUAUCUGGUUUGCAGAUAUUGAUGAGUGCCUUCAGCAAGACAUUUGUAUGGGCAGACUGUGCAGUAAUAUAGAAGGAAGCUUCAAGUGCAUUGAAUGCCCUCGAAAGACGAUAUAUGAUCAGGCAAAUAACCAGUGUACUAGAACAAAGCAGCAGCUAGAAAAGGCAACAAAUAACUUUGAUCCCACUCGUAUCAUUGGACAUGGUGGCCACGGGAUGGUCUAUAAAGGCAUUUUAUCAGACCAACGUGUUGUUGCAAUAAAGAAGUCUCUAGUCAUUGAGUACAGCGAGAUCAAGCAAUUCAUCAAUGAAGUUGCAAUACUUUCUGAAAUAAAUCACAGAAACAUCGUGAAGAUCUUUGGAUGUUGUCUCGAAUCUGAGGUUCCAUUGCUUGUAUAUGAUUAUAUUUCCAAUGGAUCAUUGACUCAAGUUCUCCAUGAUGAAUCACGAAAUGAUGUUUCUUUGUCUUGGAAUGAUUACAUAAGAAUCGCCACGGAAGCAGUAGGAGCUUUAUCAUAUCUCCACUCAACAGCUUCGAUAUCAGUCUUCCAUCGUGAUGUGAAGUCCUCUAAUAUACUCUUGGAUGGGAACUACACAGCAAAAGUUUCAGACUUUGGCGCUUCAAGAUUGGUUCCAGUUGAUCAAACACACAUUGUUACGAAUGUACAAGGUACAUUUGGUUACUUAGAUCCAGAGUAUUUCUAUACGAGGCAACUAAAUGCGAAGAGUGAUGUGUAUAGUUUUGGGGUGGUACUUCUAGAGCUGCUUGUUAGAAAGAAGCCUAUUUUCACAAGUAACUCAGGCUUGGUUCAGAACUUGUCAAACUACUUUCUUGAGGCAUUGAAAGAGAGAGAAAUCACUGAUAUAGUUGAUCCUCAAGUUGCCCAGGAAGCAACCAAGGAGGAGAUCAGCAGCAUCGCCUCCAUUGCGGAGAUGUGCUUAAGAUUACGUGGUGAAGAAAGGCCUACAAUGAAGCAAGUGGAGCUGGAAUUACAGAUUUUACGAGAGAAACAGGUGAGCACUUGGCAAAGCAGCCCGGAAAAUGAGCAGCAAAAUGAAACAAUAUUGCUAACUCGAAGAGCUAAAGCUACUUGCCAAGCAUUUGCCACAGAACCAGGUCAGGGAGCCAAUUUACCACUGGAACACAACCAGCGAUGUUGUAGUUUAGAGGAAGAGUUCAUGGAAUCUGCCACCCUACCACGCUAG